AUGAUUCAUCCACAAAUCUUCUCCACCACCGGUCUGCGAACCUUCUCUGGUCUGACUGUUUCAUGCUUGUAUCAAGAUAUAAUGCCAGGAAGGUUGGAGAGGAUAUGCCAUGUAUGUGGCGCUAUUGGUUUCAACAACAGUGAUGAUGGCUACUUUUACUGUGUGCACUGCGGGUCCCAAGCUGAUGAUGUCGUUGCCACGGGUGUUGACGAGGAGGAUCUCUUUGAAAACUACUCUGCCAUUCACCGGCGUAUCCGUCCAACUGCAGGGGAACCCAUAUCUCAGGUAAGACUCAUUCAGUCUCAGCAUUUGGAACAUUAUGAAAUCCCGGAGGAGAAUAUUGAUGAUUAUGAUGGUGAUGGGAUUGGACCUACUGGGCCGAGUGAUUUUGGAUCGAGUCAAAAGAAUUUGAGUUAUGAUGAUUAUUAUACUGAGAUUAGGAUGAGAUACAUGAAGGGGUUUCAGAUUAUCAUCCAAUUGCAAUGCCAAGCUUUAGUUGAGAAGUUUAAUGUGAGCCCUUUGAUUGUUGGGAUUGUUGGCCCUAUUUGGUUGAGAUAUUUAGCUUCCACAAGGAUUAUGGCUGAUGAAUGGGCAGAUGAGGCUAUUCAUGAAUCAGAAGCUCAAACACAAGGGGAAGGCGACGAAUUUGAGCUUAGUUCUAAGCCUGGUGCAGAACCGGUUAAUCUAGUGGGCCAGCGUGCAGUAAUGAUAUGGUAUAGAUCACUGAGCAGUACAAUCCCAUUAUCUUAUUCUUUAGCCAUCUCUUUCCUAGUUUGUCAUGUGGCCAGAGAGGCAAUUUUGCCCACAGAUAUUUUAAAGUGGGCUAUUGAAGGAAAGCUUCCAUAUUUGGCCACUUAUGUUGAAAUUAAGAAACAGCUUGGAUCUCACUCCAAGGCUUGUCCUAUCAGUGUCAGUCGUAUGUUCAGACCCAUCCAUUUUGUUUCACCACAGAAAUUGGAAUCAAUGGCAGCUGAUAUUGCCCACAAAAUUCAAUUGGAAUUGCCUCCGGUGAACUUUUAUGCUAUAGGUUCUCGUUAUGUCAGGCAAUUAUCUCUUCCUACCAGCAAAAUACUUUCCGUGGCAUGCCACACUUUUGAAUGGUCUAUGCCUCCCGAAUUGUAUUUGUCAGCUAACGAGUUCAGAAGAAAUGGAGAUAACAAACAUCAGUGCUCUAGUAAUUUAACUGAUGAUACUAAGGACUUGUUAUUAAAUGGUUUAGUGCCUGAUGACGUUAAACCAGAUGUUCAGGAUGCUACAUUGGGUGUUGUAGAGCUUUUAAAGAUUCUUGAAGCAAAAUACAAUGAGCUGGGUGAUGUAUACGAGUAUUCCCGAGACUUGCCUUCAUAUCUUCAGUAUUGUAAGGAUGUGGUUUUUUCCGGAUCACAACCAUCGUUUGAGGAUCAUGAAGAAGAGAAAUUGAUAGAGGAGUUAUGGGACUUCUAUCACAAUUCGAAGGAUGCUGAAACUUUGGACAACAUAAAAGUCAGUGGCUUGCGCAACAAGAGAUCAAGGAAUUUCAACGUCAAUAGAGAUGAUGAUAUGAAAAGAGUUUGGGACGAUCCUAUAUUGUGUGAGUCGUCUCAAAAGGGUAGUACACCACAUAAUCUACAUAAUGACUUGCUAUAUAGCAUGGUUCAGGAUAAAUUUUCUUACAGUGAUCAAGAUCCAGCACACAGAGUUCGACCUUCAAUGGAGUCCUAUAAAGAUAGAGCAAUAAGACAUUUGAAGUCUGAUAUGGAAGAGAAUAGAUUUUGUUAUAUUCCACCAAGAGUUAAUAUCAAGAAUAAGGACUAUGUGCACUAUGUCAGGAAAAAGAAAGGAGGUGCCUACAUAUAUGCUGUACACGCAGAUUAUUAUAUCUUGCUUCGGUCAUGUGCAAAGGUUGCUCAGGUUGAUAUUAGGACGAUGCAUAAUGGAGUCUUGAGUUUUGAGAGGAGACUGAAAUGGCUGGAAAAGCGAAUUGAUCAUUCCAUGCAUCUGAAACAAAAUUCUAAUGACUUUUGUGACUAUUGCUGCGAUGAGGUUGUGAAAAAUACUGGAGAUGAAUCUAUGCCACUUUCACAGUCGAAUACGUAA